AUGAAGAAAAACUCAAAAAAAUAUGAAUCUCAAAAUCUUUCAUUAGAAGUCCACGAACAAAACACAAUUUACAGAGCUAUUAUGGACGACAACAAACAGGUUUUCAUAUCAUUUACCGAAAAAGAGGGAUUUGAUCCAAAUCAAACUCUAAAGAGCAAAUUAUAUCCAGAUUCAUGUGAUGUAUUUUCUUUAUUAGAAUUAUGUUGUUAUCAUGGUUCUGUCAAUUGUUUCAAGUAUCUAAUCUCAGAAUUCCACUCUAUGAUCACGCAAAACUGUUUACGAUUUUCAUUUUUAAGUGGGAAUCCUGAAAUAAUGAACCAAUGUUUGAAAGUUCAAAGUCCUGAUUAUAAAUGCAUGGAUUUUGCAAUUAUUUCUCACAAUAUUGAUUUCGUUUCAUUUUUGAAGAACGAAUACAAAGAAUAA